GGUAUAUUCAAUCGGAUUUGUCAGAACGAUUCCGAGUGGCGUCGUCUAGGAUUUAGGACAAGAGCCCUCGUGACGCUUUCGGCCUACACGGCAGUUGACCAAGCCGCUUCCUGAACUAUAUAUGUAUGUCGCUAUAUUCCUUAUUAAUCAUUUAACCCGCUUGCCAUCACCGGAGGUAGGGAAAUGAACAAUGAUGUAUGAUAUUUAAGAAUGAUGCCACAUGAGUGAUUCGGCAUGUGUUGGUAAGAUGAGAUUCGGUCGAUUCGAUCCCUAAAGAGGACAAUUCCCAGGGCCUUAUUUUCCGAAGCAAUAAGUUAACGGAUCAACAACCGAUAUGAAGAGCUGCGACCGAAGACCGAAUGUCUCGAAUCUAUUUGGUGCUAGGGAAAAGAUCUCUUGGCAUGUAGGUAUGUGAAAAGGGGAGAAAAGAGAAGAGAAAAUAAAAAUAAAAGAACCCUGGAGACUCCACUAAUUGAGCUAGUGAAUUUAUAGUUUACUGCGUACAGAUUUGUGUAGUACUUGCCCACUACCUAGUACGCCUAACGUGGUGGAGAUUGCGGAGUUAGAUUAUCUGUCGAUUAAGGUUUUUAGUCUGUUGCUAGUAAACCAAGAUUUUUAUUCUUUUGGAUUAUUUAAUUCUAACCUCAAAUAAUCUGGACAUGUGAUUGAACAUGUGCCAAAAAGGAUGAAGAAUGUCUCUCUAUCAUGAGACAGCUGAUAUAUUAUCGGCAGCGCCAACCAAUUCCCCCGGCGGCAAUCUAAAGACUCGUAUAUUCGGCAAGAAAGACCUGAAAUCCCCCCAACAGCAGGUCUAUGCCCUAGCCUUAGAGACUUGUAAAUGGAGCCCUGUGUUGAAGGAAGUCGUCGACAACUCGGAGCUUUUACGUCAUGAGCGCAAGCUUAGUCCCCUGCUGACUCUACUCCUCGUCCAUGAUUUUUUACUUUCCAAGAGAGGAAUUGCUCUCCCUGCUACUCAUGGCCUGAGGAUUUCCAUCGAGCGGCAUAAGGCCCGACUACAUGCUGAAUUCACUAGAGCACGAUUGCGGAGGAGAGCUGGGUCGGUUGAAGCCUUGAGAGAACAGAUAACUACCGAGUUCUUGGGCGAGGCAGCCGGCUAUCCUCGAUGGGUGCGUGUAAAUACUCUGAAAACAACCGUCGAGGAUCAGCUGUCGACCACAUUUGCCGCUUUCUCCAGGGUUCUUAGUAUUAAUGAAGUCAUUGCUACCCCUGGGAAAUUCUUACACGUGGAUGAUCACAUACCAAACCUUCUGGCUAUCUCCCCUAGCUUUGAGAUCACCAAAACGGAGGCAUACGCUUCUGGGGCUUUGAUAUUGCAGGACAAAGCUUCGUGCUUCCCGGCUUAUCUAUUAGAUCCCCGUUCCGAAGAUGGGGAUGUCAUCGAUUCUUGCUCAGCUCCCGGGAAUAAAACAACACAUCUUGCAGCCAUUGUGCAUUCGCGGACACCAGAAACUGAGCGGUGUUCACAGACGGUAUAUGCAUUCGAGAAAGACCCAAAGCGCUCCCGCACGCUAGAAAAGAUGGUGAAGCUUGCUGGGGCUAAGGAAAUCACACGAAUGAGUUUUGCCCAGGACUUUCUCAGGGUUGAUCCAAAUUCCGAGUUGUUUGCAAAUGUCGGAUGCCUGUUACUUGAUCCUAGCUGUUCGGGGAGUGGCAUAGUGGGCAGAGAUGAUAUGCCUACAAUACACCUACCCGAAACUCCGGGCACGUCCAAGAAGCCGUCGGCUGACUCGGGACGCAAGCGUAAACGGGAUGGUUCAGAUGUUGGUAAAGAAACGGCGCGACCGAUCCUAAUUGACGAUGACGGACAGGAGACCGUGGUCUCUUCUGAAAACGAAUUGAAGGCCCGUUUAGAAGCUUUAUCAUCAUUUCAGCUGACGUUGUUACUUCAUGCUUUCAAAUUCCCUGCUGCUAAAAAGAUCACCUAUUCAACGUGCUCAAUCCACGCUGAUGAGAACGAGCAAGUGGUUAUGAAAGCGCUGCAGUCUAAUAUCGCCAAGGAAAGAGGAUGGCGUGUACUACCUCGAGGCCAACAAGUUCGCGGGAUGCGGGAAUGGCCAGUCCGCGGGUCCGUCGAAGGGAGCAACGGCGAUCAUGAAAUCGCCGAGGCGUGUAUUCGAUCUUACAAGGAUGACGGGAGGGGCGUCAUGGGUUUCUUCGUCGCUGGCUUUAUUCGCGAUGUAAAGCCUGAUUUUGACGAAGAUGGACCUUAUCUCCGUGAUGAUGACGGUCGAAUCAUCCGGGACGUCUCAGGCAUGCCGACUCUUGAGCCGCAGUAUAAGCCUAGGCCUUCAAGUCGCGUUGAGUCAACUUUUGAGCGGACACAUGAGGGUCGCUCCGGAGAUAUCGGAGAACAAGAAGAAGAAGAAGAAGACGAGGAUGAAGAGACGGACUCCGAAGAAACCGGCAAAUCCGAUAUUGAUGGUAGUUCAAGUGAUAGCGAUAAUGGUGAAUGGAAUGGAUUUGCAGAUUGAAUUCCUCAGGGCAUUUUAGAGGCUCUAUACCCAGGAUACUGAUUCUUCCCGAUACCGAUGUGGAAUAAAAUAGAAUGGCCCCUAAAUGUCCAAAUUAUUGCGAAUACUAGAUAGGUAGCUGCCAUCACUAUCUCUUCAAGGUAGAGGAAUCCACCACUCGGACUUCCCCGCGGAAUGACAAACCCAUCUGAUUCAUAUCUCCCGUUUUCACCGUACAAUAUAUUUAGAUCAGGGUUUUUAGAAACGUAGGCGAUG